UCUGCUUCUCUCACGCGUUUGCUUUCCUUCCUCUCUCUCCUCCUUCACAUAUACAAAACUUCUCUCUGUUGGACUCACCCUCCACUCGCGGACUCAACCCAGAGACUCCGGCAAAAGCAGGAUCAAAGUUUCUUCAUCUUCAAUCCGAAUUUGGCAGAUAUUUCCACUCAAUUCUGUUUGAGAUUGGCGAGGAUGGUAGCUGGUGACUACUACAAGAUCCUCAAGGUGAAUCGUAAUGCGACGGAUGAGGAACUCAAGAAGGCGUACAAGAGAUUGGCCAUGAAAUGGCAUCCAGAUAAGAAUCAGCAACAAUCUGUCAACAAAGAGGACGCUGAGGCUAAAUUCAAGCAGAUAUCUGAGGCUUAUGAUGUUCUCAGCGACCCCAAGAAGCGUCAGAUCUAUGAUUUUUACGGUCACUAUCCACUCAAUUCUAGUCGGGUUGAUAGGAAAGACGGUAAGAAUGGGGAAACUGGGAGCCAGAAGGACAAGAAGGUGGGGGCGAUUGAGAGUAAAUUGGCUUUUAGCCUCGAGGAACUUUACAGAGGUUGCAAAAGGAAGAUGAAAGUCUCGAGGAACGUUCCUGAUGAAUUUGGUAAGUUGAACACUAUUGAAGAAAUCUUAAAGAUUGAUAUUAAACCUGGCUGGAAGAAGGGCACAAAAAUAACUUUUCCUGGGAAAGGCCACCAAGAACCAGGAUGUGCACCAGCAGAUCUAAUCUUUGUGGUCGACGAGAAACCUCAUGCAUUUUUCAAGAGAGAAGGAAAUGAUUUGGUUAUCAUCCAGAAGAUAUUACUUCUUGAGGCUCUCGUUGGAAAGACUCUGAACCUGAAAACAUUGGAUGGAAGAGACCUUACAAUUCAAGUCAAGGAUAUUGUUGAACCAGGCUACGAGCUGGUGGUCCCAAAUGAAGGGAUGCCCGUUUCAAAGGAACCAGGCAAGAAGGGGAAACUAAGAAUUAAGUUUGAUGUUAUGUUUCCUUCAAGGCUGACCACACAACAAAAGUAUGAACUGAAAAGGAUUCUGAGUGACGCUGAUAACUAAUUUCAGUCUGUUUUCUAAUGGUUGUGUCUCUCCAUUAACACUGAGUGGCAUGAAAGGUUAGUUAACACUGUAAAUAUGUAAUUCCACAGUUAGAUAUGAAAAUUGUGCAUAGAACAAAUAAAUCAAGCAUAUCUGCUGCCUUUUCCGCAGCAUGUUAUUGCUCUGGGAAUUAGUGUUUGCUUCUUCGAGACUCAAGUUUUGUUCUUAUCAAUAUAAUAUAUUAUUAUUGUUUCU